AGGCAGGCUGCAGAGCGUUUAAUUUCAAAUAAGCGGUGCGCCUUCGCUUCUUCCCUCCGUAGGGAGGGGUAAAUCAACCAAUCAGAUACGGAUCCUGCCCCUAGUGGGUCCACAGUUUACCUUUUAGUUCCUGGACCUGGGUUCACACUCAUCGACGGGACACCCCGGUACUCACUGCGUAGAAGCCGAUGAUCUCCUGGACAACAGGCCAGUGGCGCAGAGACGAAAGAAGGUCCACGCAGAAGUCCAGGGGUGCUGCCGUGGAAGAUUUGGUAAAAGGUUACCUUCUCAAAUCUCUAUGCCGGCUUCCGUGCGAUAAGAUUCCCGGCCCAAUAGCACCAGUAAUGUAGCAGGAAUAAUCUGCAGAAGCCACACACAGAGAGAUGGAAGCAGCUCCACUCACACAUACCCUUAGACCAAUCAGUGAACAGGAUAUUCAGGAUCACCUCAUAUGGGCAGACUACAUGACUCCUUUUUAAGGACAAAGGAAUUCUUUACAAUGGAUGUAUUGUCUGGCCAUAUCCUGAUCAACAAGGAUGGAGACAGACUGGACCCUGAAGAAGUUUUGCAAAACAAAAUUGUUGGCCUGUAUUUUUCUGCUGGGUACUGCUCUCCAUGCAAGGACUUCACCCCAAUACUCUGUGACUUUUAUACUGAGUUGGUGGAUCAGUCUCCUCCAGUAGUUCCAUUUGAAAUUGUAUUCAUCUCUUCUGAUAAAAGUCCUGAUGAAAUGGUGGAUCACAUGCACAGUUCACAUGGCGACUGGCUGGCUCUACCCUGGCAUGAUUCAUUCAAGCAUGAAUUGAAGAACCGGUACAAGAUAACAGCAUUACCAAAACUGGUGAUUGUGAAACCAAAUGGAGAAGUGAUUACCGACAAAGGAAGGAAACAGAUAAAAGAGAGGGGGAUUGCUUGUUUGUCAUCAUGGUUAGAAGGGGCAGAUGUUUUCCAGAACUUCAAAGGUCCAUAGAAGCAUUAACCUCCUAGCGUAGAAUGCAAAAAAGCGAGGCAAUAAUUGAACUGUAACCUAUGCAUACUUUUAUAGAUUGUGUGUAUUUAUCUACCUCCAAGUCUGUUCCUAAUUUAAUUUUUCACUUAACUGAAUUAUAUAUUUGGAUGUAAAAUAUUAACUCCUGCUGUUAUAGUUUACAUGAAAAUUUGCACAGCUAUUUAAUCUAAAUUACUUGUGGUAAUUUGUUCUACAUUUGCACUGCUGAUCUCUUUAUAUGUAUAUUUUGGCAAUAAUUUUCAUAUAAUAAAAUAAUAUAUUUUGUAAAAAAUUCAUAUCUUGGUAUAUGGAUUAGUGGGCAUUGGGAGAUGUUAUUUUUCUGUUUGUCAGAGCAAAAAUUACUGUGGAUGAUUCAACAUCUCAAUGAUGUAAAUGGCAUUGUUAGUCUAAUAAACUAGAC